AUGGCUCCCGGUGGGAUAUCUCGUUCACCUCAUGCAUCGUACCGCAUGAGGCUCGUCGGCGCAGCUGUGGACAUCCACUUCAAGUUCUCGAUUGACAACCAUACCAUGACGGUGAUGGCUGCCGACAGCGUGACGCUGAGCACAGCCAACCCGCGCCGGCACGACACGGCCCGCGAGGGCGAGAUUGCGGGCCCCAUCGCCAACUCGACGCUGAACGACAACUGCGAUGCUUGGGCCGCCUUCCAGGACGCGCAGAGCAUCGAGCAGGAUGAUUCUGGCGUGUGA